UUCAAAAUGGUCAAGAAAUUGUCAAAGACGGUCUUUUGUUCAAUAAAGGCAAAGAUUUUGCCUACGUCUUGCAAGAGAAAAAGAUCACAAAGGUGCCUGUUGAAACGUGUGGCAAGUUCAUUAGUUGUGAAGAAUGCGUGAACGUUGGGGACCCAUAUUGUGGAUGUGUUCUCUUAAAAACAAGUGCUCGACUCGUGCUUCUUGUGUGUACAGUUCUAGGCCGAAUAAUUGGCUGAGAAAUCGGCCAUGUAUCUCCAUUGUCGACCUGUUCCCCACCGGUAGCCAACCAGUAAUGGAUCCUCUUGAAACGGUAACAUUGACGUUUCAAUUGUUACCGCAACUUAGCGUUAACGAAACGUACGGAUGCCGUUUCGAUGAGCUACCUGUAACUUAUGGCAUCACUGAUGGUCAGAGUAUCCAGUGCAGGGCACCAGCGAAGGCUGACAUACCAGUGAUUCCUCCUCAAGAGGACCACGUGGCUAUGCUUUUGGGUGUGUUUUCAUCGGAGUCCAUGGUGACUUUUAUAAGUACAACAUUUAGCUACUUCGAUUGUACGAGGCACAUGACGUGUGGGGCGUGUGUUUUAAGUGAUUGGAACUGUGACUGGUGUGUUUUUGACAACGCCUGCACGCACCAAAGUAGCAUUUGUACUCAUGGAGACACCAUUGUCACAGGAAAUAAUAAUCCUGUUAGCUCACCUAGGCAGGGACUAGACUUCUGUCCACAAAUACGGCCCCAAACUACACAGAUACUUAUUCCAGUGGGUACAUCCAAAGACUUCGUCGUCAAUGUUAGGAGUUUACCUGACCCUACGAAGGUGACGGGUUACCAGUGCUCUUUGUUAGUUGAGGGUACCACGCAGAUUACUCAAGCGACGUUAGUGACUGAUGACGUAAUACGGUGUCACGGACGAAUGUAUUCAUACGAAGCAGAUGACAAGAGAGAACUAAUUGUACCGUUGCGGGUACAUUGGAAUGGCGACAUGCAGUUAGAACGUAACAAUAACACCGUUACCCUUUAUAAAUGUGACGUGGACCGUCCGGAUUGCAGUCGCUGUCUGUCCGUUGAGACGGCGAGACCAGAAUUAGGAUGCCGCUGGUGUGGUACCAAGUGUGCCUUCAUGGAGGAUACUGAAUGUCCAAGCAGUUCUUUGAGCCCCGGUAGUCAGUGUCCAGCACCAGUCUUAAAACAUGUGUUUCCAGCAUCGGGCCCAGUAGAGGGAAACACUGUCAUCGAAAUUAAUGGAAGCGACAUUGGUCAGAGUAUUCAAGACAUCCAAAGAGUGAUGAUCGGAAACCAGUUAUGCAACCUGACUGGUUGGUACGUCACUGGACAAAGUGUAAGAUGUAUAACUUCCCCACUGAGUUCAAGCAUAGCACAGACCGUCACCGUAUCAGUAGCAAGAACAGCUGGAGGUGAGGACUUGAUUAGCACCGGGGCAGUACAGUUCACUUAUAAGAAUCCUGCAAUUACUGGGAUCUCGCCGAUAGAGGGCUAUGCCGACGGAGGUACAAUAUUAACCAUUACCGGUACAGACUUGGAUAUCGGUAGAGACAUCCAAGUUAACGUUGCGGCCAAUGUAACAUGUGAUAUUACAAGCGUGACCUGCACGGCUAUACGGUGUCGUUUAGGGAUGUCAACAGAGGGUCAUGCCGGCCGUGUCGAGGUGACAUUUGACGGCACCCCAAGGAGUUCAGCUGACAUCUUCACCUUCGUGCCACUCCCGGAUAUACUUCGUUUUGAUCCACAAAGCAGUAUCCAGUCCGGUGGGAGGGUGCUGACUGUAUACGGACGAAGGUUCACGGUUGUGUCCAGUGCAACAAUCAAAGUGCAGUAUAAGAAUGACACGUUUAAACAGUCAUGCCACGUUGAGAGUGCCGAAACCAUGAUCUGUACGACGCCUGCCAUCGCUGAUAUUGUCCCCAUAACAAACUGCAUACAUGCCACGCUCGGCCUGGAUGUGGACGGGAAACAGCUCUUUAUUCCGAGCCCGGGUUUCACCUACUGUCAAAAUCCGAUCGUCCAAAGGUUUGACGGGGACGAGCUCCUCGUUGAUUCGGCCAAUAUCUCUUCACUAACAAUGAAGGUCGAGAUGACGUCAUGGGCAAUCGCUGACUCGGAAAUCACGGUCACAUUAGGUGGCGAGGCCGAAUGCCAAUUCGUCACUCUUACGCCCGAUGUCCUGACAUGCCGUCUACCGUACAACGAACCUCCUGACCAAGCUGUGGCUACGGUUCGAUGGUAUGGAAACGGUUCAUUUAGAUUGGGGAAGGUGGUCUACACGAACGUCGGGCUAACUGCCGAGGUUUUCGCCUUAAUCGCGGCGAUAGUUGGGGUGAUGUUACUCAUUAUCUCGGUUUUGGCUACCAUCAAGUACUGCAGACAAAAGCGGCGUCUGAAACGCGUCACACAGGAAUACAAUGAACGUCUUCUAGCUAGGAUCAGGGGACUUCACGAAGAUAUCCUAGAAGCUGCUGAAGUAAGACGUAUUCGUAAGCUUGCUGGAACAAAGGCAAACAUUCGAGCUAAAGCCAAGAAUAGUCUGCCACCGAAAUCGAUUGUUCUAAACGAACAUGUUAACAUCGUGCCUGGUGACCUCCAUAUAAAGUUCAGCCAGUUGGACAUGGGUGGUAUCCUCGGACAAGGUGCUUUCGGAAGGGUCUUUCAAGCUGUUCUGAACAAUGCACAAAUUGGUACGGGUCAGACAGUGGCAGUCAAAACGGUGCAAGAUACCACUGAUUCCACGAAUGUCAUUAAGUUCUUGCAAGAGGGACUUUUGAUGAAGAACUUCGAUCACCCAAAUGUGCUUGGACUUAUCGGGUUGACCUUUAACCCGGACGGUCAACCGGUGGUCGUGUUGCCAUUCAUGCCUAACGGAGACCUCAAGUCGUAUGUUGUCAAAAAUAAACAGGAGCUGACUCACAACCAGCUAUUGAAGUUCGCCUCGCAUGUUGCUCAUGGAAUGGAAUACCUUGGCAGAGCGAAGUUCGUCCACCGAGAUUUAGCUGCAAGGAACUGCAUGGUUGACGAUAAGCUGGUUGUGAAGAUAGCAGACUUUGGCUUGUCUCGGGAUCUGUCUGAAGCGGACUACUACACUAGUGGGGAUAAACACGCCAAACUACCAAUCAAAUGGAUGGCACCAGAAUCCAUGGAACGCCGGGUGUAUAACGCUAAAACAGAUGUGUGGUCGUACGGUGUUCUUCUGUGGGAGUUGUUCUCUGGAGGAAGCAGUCCGUAUCCUGGCAUUCGAAACAGAGACAUUUAUGAUUUCCUGAAACGGGGAGAACGUAUGGACCCACCAAGAUUCUGCCACAUCAAGAUAUCUGAAAUCAUGCAAAAAUGCUGGAGAGAUUCACCAAAGAGCAGAUGUUCCUUCCGUGAAAUUGUUGGAGAGUUUGACCAGUUGUUGACCACAAUCACGCCGGGUGAUGCACCGCCUCUACCGGCUACACCAAGAGGUUUAGACGGUCAGGGAGAGCGCUAUACGGAUCACGGCAAAGGCUCCAUCAUGCCAAUGGAUGUGAUUGAAAAUAAAGGUGGCGGAAAACGUGAAAGGGAAAAUGUGGUUGGAAACAAGGAAAUUGGGGAGUGUGGGGAGUCUGGGAAUGGCGAUGGUGGGGGUUAUCUCAUUCCAACGGGGAAUACCAGGGAAACCUGGAAAGAAUGCGUGGGAGUUGAUCGGAAAGGGGAAGUCACUUCUCCUCGUGUGAAUUCCAGUUUGAAUGAAAACCGGGGAAAUUGGGAUGAAUGUAACGAAUCUGGGAUUGCCAAUCGAGGGAGUUAUCUCAUUCCAACGGGAAAUGCCCUGGAAGCCUGGGGAGAAUGCAUGGGAGUUGGUCGGAAAGUGGAAGUCACUUCUCCUCGGGAGAAUUCCAGUUUGAAUGAAAACCGGGGAACCUGUGAUGAAUGUACUGGAAGUGAAUAUCGUAAUAGCUAUCUCAUUCCUAUGAUGGAAGAGAAGGGUCAGGGAAAUUACGGGGAUCACUGUGGAGGUGAUGCCAUUCCUAUGGAAAGUUUAAAUGGGAAAACGGGAAAUUCUAAAUAAAUGUAAGAUGAAAAUUAUAGUUGAGUGUAAGAAUUAUGGAAAUGACCAAGUAUGAGGAGAAACGAACCAGUGAAUUGAUGGUUAUAAAAGUAGAAUAGGUUUUAAGGUAAAGUUUGGGAACUUGGGAAAUCAGCAGAAUAAAGAGGUGCUUAAAAUGUGGAACUUCCGGGUCAAUGACCCAGUCUGGGUCCCAUGGGUUCAUAGUUAUCUUAAAAGAUUACAAAUAGGAAUUUACUUAGUAUUUCUAGACAACGUUUCAAAAUAAUAGUAUUUAAAUAAUGGUACUUAAAGAGGUUCAGCAACUUUUCAUUGCAAAGGAACAAAUGCCAGAGUUCUUCCUUUUAAUUUAGUAUACUAUUUUAUACCCAGCUUGAGUCUAAAGCAAUACUGAAACUUUCCCAACUCCUUUGUAGUAUGCAGCGCUGGCAGCGAUUGGAUACCAGUCAAAAUGUCAUACAGUUCGCUUCAUUACAACUGGUGUUCUGUUUCUGUAUUUUACACGUUUAUUUGUUGAUGGUGUUUUUUUAUACUUUUUAUUGGCAAAUAAUUUUACUUUUUUAUUGUGUUUUUUUCCCCGAAUAAAGAUUUUUAACUUGGGUCCAGGAUCAAUACUUUCACUUACAAACAACAACCUGCAACGAGUACAGUUUAUUGUUUCGUUGCUUUAGUUUUUAUUAAAUACAUACAUUUCCAGUCAUACAAACAGUUCAAAAAUCAUUUAGUAAAAUAAAUCUUGGAACCUCAGAUAUUCCUUUAACUAUCUACUACUCUCAUUGCCAGCUUAGAGCAAACUUUCGAAUCUUUGAAAAUAUAAAGUCUUUACAAGUAUACUAUUAUAAUUCCCAUGAAGAUAUAACACAAAUGAUACAACAAUAAUUGCUUAAAAGUCAUAAUAUAAAAUAUACAUGUACUAAUAACAGAAUCUUUUGAUCAAAAAUAUUUCGGAUGUAUCACUAACACUAUACUAAUAAUAUGGUAUUUGUCAAGAAUUAGGCAAUUAUAAACAGUGUAAGGAGCUGGUCUUUACUGAGUGGUAAUGAGUGGGUUGGUGGUGGGCUAUCGAGCCGAUGUCGAGGUCCAGUAACAACAGCCAGCCGCCCAGCAAUGUCGUUACCACGCAAUGCAGGCCGGCUCCUAACACUGUUAAUGCCAUAACAAUACUUUUAACCAAAACAAUAAUUAAAAGUAGGCAGCAUUUUUGUUUUCCUUUCACAGUUAUUUGUAGAAUCGUUCAUGUUCAACAGCCAGUCCUAAGGCAGUUAAAUUUUGGGUUGGGACCUAAUCUCUAACAAAUAUUACUUUAAAAACUGUUUAACAUUAAAAUGCAUAUUAACGUCUGGCCACCAUACAUGAUGUGUUCUGAAUUUAUAAACAGCUUCAAUGGGAGACUGUGUAACGCUAGCCCAUGCAGGUAAAAUCCAUUCAUAAAUACUCAAGACAGUUUUUCUACUCCUGUUGGUGAAGAGCGCGUCACGUGGGGGUGUUAAAGACCAGUGUUUAUAACCUGCUGGCUUCCGCGUGUCAGGCGCGCAAG